AUGUCUUCACAAACUAUCAAACACCACCUCACCCUGGACCCAACCCACCACCAACCUCCCACCCGCGACGAGACCGCAGAAAGCAGCCAAGCAGACCUUCCACCACCAACACCCAAACUCUCCCACCAACAUCCAACCAAAUCCCACGGCAAAGAAAACGCCAGCCUCUACUUCAUCGGCACCGCAACCACUCUCCUCCAAUGGCAAGGCAUCCGAAUCCUAACAGACCCCAACUUCCUCCACGCCGGCGAGCACGUCCACCUCGGCCCCGGCGUGACUGGCACUCGCGUCACAAAUCCUGCCGUCGAUCUCCAUGCUCUGCCGCAUAUUGAUGCGGUGUUGCUGAGUCAUUACCACGCCGACCACUUUGAUGAACUGGUGGAGAAAUCGCUGCGAAGGGAUCUGCCGAUUGUUACGACGCCGCAUGCGAAGGAGCAUUUGGCAGAUAAGAAAUCUGGCGAGGAGAAGUUCACGCAGGUUCAUGAUUUGAAUACGUUUGAGAAUGCUCUCCUCGAUAUCAAGACCGAGGGCGUGGCCUCGCCGGACCGCAUCCCAGCCAUCAAAGUCACAGCAAUGCCAGGGAAACAUGUCCCUCCUGGUCCCCUGAACGUUGCGAACGAUAUUCUCGGUGCGGUCCCACCGACGAAUGGCUGGAUGUUGGAAUUGGGGAGUAAGCCUGCGAUGAGUACGGUCGCCUCCGAUUUUCGCUCGGGUUAUAGAGUUUACAUAUCUGGCGACACACUCCUCGUCGACGACCUCAAGGAGAUCCCUAAGCGUUACGCUGGACUCGAAAUAGAUCUCAUGCUCAUCCAUCUCGGUGGUACGACGAUUCCAGGCCCGAAAGUGCCGCUGUUGAUGGUGACUAUGGAUGCUGUGCAGGGGGUGAAACUGAUGCAAUUGAUCAAGCCGGAUGUGACGAUUCCAGUGCAUUAUGAUGAUUACGAUGUGUUCUUGAGUCCGUUGGAGGAUUUCAAGAAGGCGGUUACGAAGGCGGGGUUUGAUGAUAGAGUGGUUUAUUUGGAUCGGGCGGAGGAGUAUAGAUUCCACGUGAGAGAGGGAGAGGAUGUUGAGGGCAUGUUGAGGGGAGGACGCUGA